CCCCCUGGCUGUCUCCCUGCAGGAGUCCCGGGGUCACAUGGAGUCCCAUCUCACCUGCUCUCCUCUUCUCCUUGCUCCUCCCCAUUCAAGGUGUGCCCUCAUUCUCCCCUGGACUACACCUGCAGCCGACCAACACACACACACACACACACCCUCCAUCACUACGGCAACUCCACUUCCCCCUUCCCCCUUCCUGUGGUGCGAAGACCGUCAGCUUAUGACCGUGAAGUAUUCUGCUCCAUGUCCCCACCCCCCUCUCAGAUUGGCUACCUGCAUCCUCCACCCCGCCAGGGCUACGGUAGUAUCUGCCUCCAUUCCCCCCACUACGGUCUCUACGGUUACUCCAACCCCCCCACUAACAUUGCAGCCAACCCAGACAAGUUGGCGGUUUCUUGUGCUGCUGUGGCCAAUCAGAACCCUUUCCUUGGCUCCUCCCCCAGUGGAACCCUGACGGACAGUCUGUGCACUCUCCAUGGAGACCAGCAGGCCAACUUCCUUUUUGACUCUCGGAGGCUGGGAUUGUCUGUGAGCCCGUCAGGAGGAGGGGCUUCACAGGUCACCGCCCACAUGACCUGAGACACGCUUCUAAACCCUGACCCUCAAGGUUGCUAUGGCAACAGGCUGCUGCUCCCUUUGAGAGUGUGUGGUGUGGAAUCACCAGCCAAUGAGGAUUGAUUAGACAUCUCACAGACCAAUGGGGAGAGAGAGAGAGCUGGUUUGUGUUAAAGAG